AUGGAUCCAAGGAAUGAAACGAUUAUUACGGAAUUCUUUCUGGUGGGAUUCCGAAACCUUCACGGCUUCAAGAUUCCGUUCUUCAUCCUUCUUCUGGUGAUUUACACAAUGACCGCCACCGGAAAUCUUCUCAUCAUUCUGUUGAUAUCGACCAGUCGCCUCCGGCUCUCCCCCAUGUAUUUCUUCCUCUCCCAUUUGUCCUUCUGCGACUUCUUGUUCACCACAAACAUCGUCCCGAAAAUGAUGCAGGUAACGUUCUUCGAAGGCGGCGUGAUAUCCUACCCCGGCUGCCUGGUCCAGUUCUAUAUGUUUGGUUCCUGUACCGCGGCAGAAUGCUACCUACUCAGCGUGAUGUCCUAUGACCGGUACUUGGCCAUCUGCCACCCGUUGCGUUAUGUAGCCAUCAUGGACAGGCUUUGUCUCCACUUAGUGUCCUGGUCCUGGUUGCUCGCUUUUGUAUUUGUACUUAUUACUCUUCUUCUGCUUUGCCGGUUAGAUUUCUGCAACGCUAACAUUAUCGACCAUUUUUAUUGCGACCUCAGCCCUUUGUUGAUACUUUCAUGCUCAGACACAUCUGCUGUUGAAAUGGAAACCCUUAUCCUCACCAAUUUUAUAGUCCUCCUGCCGUUUGUGUUUGUCAUCGUCACGUAUAUCUGUAUCUUCAUCACUAUCCUUGGAAUAUCGUCCUCGAUGGGCCGACAGAAAGCGUUUUCUACGUGUAGCUCCCAUCUGGCCGUCGUGUGCUCGUAUUACGGUUCCUUAAUCAGCAUCUACUCGGCCCCUUCGGAAGGACAGUCGCUUACUGUCAAUAAGGUACUUUCUCUUCUGUACACGGUGGUGACUCCGUUGUUCAACCCCAUUAUAUACAGUCUGAGGAACCAGGAAAUUAGAAAACGCGCGGAGAUCAGGCUGGCCGAUGACCGGCUGCCGGCCCCUCUUCUACCGUCAGGAGGCGGCAUGGAGUCCGCGUGA